AUGACUGCGAGAUUAGCGGGGAUCAUGCAGAACAACGACGACCACAUCAUAUCUCAGGGAUUGAAAACAAUGAUAUACAUCAAUUCCCCUCUCAUGGCAGAGGCACUGGCAACUGGGGAAGCUCUGCUUCACGCAAAAGGAUCUGGAAUUUGUCGAUUCCGAGUGGCUUCGGAUGCGAAAAAUCUGAUCCAUCUGAUCAACUAG